AUGUCUAUUGCCCAGAUGCUUCCUUCCCAGGAUAAGCUGCCAGAAAGUCGCCUUGGAGGGUCUGGAGAAGCUGUUCCCCCAGAAAAGCAAGCUUUGGUGGAAGACCUCCAGGAUAUCAUGGAGAGCUCCGUGACUCCAUCAUCCUUUCCCAAUCCCAGCAUCCUGAUUGCCAUGAACCUGGUUGGGGGCCACAAUGCAGAGGCCCAGAGGCUCCUCACUCAUAUGAUCUUGUCCACCGACCCAGAAGAUCUUACCACUGGCCAGCUGGCCCUCAACGUCAUGGCUCUCGCCUCAUCCUGCCAAAAUCCUGGGAACAGAGUCUUGGUGCUGAAAAAGAAAAUGGAGAAUUGGUCAUCUUCAAGUCCACAAGACCCACAUUCAGUCUUCUACGGACCCAGCCUGGGACUCUUGGCUCUGUGCCAAGAGAAUCAAGAGGGGACCUUGGAACUAGCUGUCAGACUUUCCAAGAUGUUGCUAGCCAAUGUUUCCCCCUUCAACAUGGAUACUGGAGCCAUGGCGACCCUGGCCUUGACUUGUGUUAGCAAUAAGAUUCCUGAAGACCCGGAGGAUGAAUACAAUCAGUUAUUUGGUCAAGUAUUAACAAAGAUGGUAAAGCACAUCAGUGGCAGAAUUGAAGACAAUGGCCUCAUUGGGGGAUCCUACAGCACAGGCUUAGCCAUGCAGGCCCUCUCUGUGCAACCUGGAGAGAAGUGGAACUGCAGGAAGACUAUGGAAACAGUGCUCAAGGAGAUUGAGCAAAAUAGAUUUGAUAACCCCAUGUCCAUUGCCCAGAUCCUUCCUUCCCUGUAUGGCAAAACUUAUUUAGAUGUGCCCUACGUUGCCUGUUCUACUGAUCAAGAGGUGAGACAAAGCCUCCCUAGGAACUCUAGCCCUGUCUCGACUUUGGCUUCAAAUAUCACAGUGACUUACACAAUCAAUAACCAACUGAGGGGGGUGGAACUGAUCUUCAAUGAAACAGAGACAGUCAGCGUGAAAAAGGGAUCAGUCCUCCUUGUUGUUCUAGAAGAAGCCCAGCGCAAAAACCCAACAUUCAAAUUUGAAUACAAAAUGACAUCCUGGGGCCUCUAUGUCACCUCCAUCAACAACAUUUAUGAGGUGGAAAACCACAGGACCUACUGGCAAUUUCUUAGUGGCAAAAUCCCUUUGGACCAAGGAGUCAGCUACUAUGUCCCCUAUGACAAUGAACACAUCACAGCCAACUUCACACAGUACUAA